AUGCCAUUCAUCUGUCCGCCGCCGCGGCGCCCCCCGGCUCCUCAGUCUGCGCCUGUACUCAACUGGUCGCGUUCGCUGUCCCCGCGUUCUCCCACCUCUGCCAAGUCUGCGCCAGCUCUUCGUUCCCUCGUUUCUCUGCCUGCUCGCACGCCUCCAAAUCGCGCCUUUCCCUGCGGACCCCUUUGCGAGAGUGGCCGACUUCAACGGCCGAAACCAGCUGCGGCGCCCUGCUCCACUCCCCUCGUCAGCGUGUCUGCGCGCAGCUUGCCGCCGCCUGGCGCAACCGCCUCGGGUGUAGCCACAGCUGCGGCAGAGAAGACCGCGCGCCAGGCGCAACUCGCCACAAAGGCCGCUGAGGCCGCAGCCCACGGAGCCGCGAUCGCGGCGGAGGCUGCCGCCACCGCCUCCCGUGCCGCAGCGGCUGCGGAAGCGACUGCUGCUGAGGCUGCAGAGGGGCUUGUCGCCGUGGCCUCUCGCGCACUGUCGACCGCUGUCGGCCAAGCGAAGGCGAUCGCCGCUGCCGCCUCCCGCAGCGCCCAACUAGCGACCGAAGCCGCGGCCGCCGCCGCCACUGCCGCGGAGGCCGCCGCGGUCGCCGCCAGCGAAGCCGCCUGCGCCGCAGCUCAGGUGGCUGAGAGAGUCGCUGAGGAGGGCGAAGCUUCUGGCGAAGAUUUGGAGGCGGCAACAGCAGCUGCAGACGCCGCCGCUCUCGAUUACGCAAAGGCCAGAGCUGCAGAGGCAGACGCUCGCCAGGCCGCCGCCGCCGCGACCGACGCUGCGGAGACAGCCGCCGCAGCCGCCAGGCAGGCCGAAGCCGCUGCAGAGGCCCGAGAAGUGGAGACAGGGGUCGCUGCACCUGCGGCGUAGGCGCGGAGAUAAGCUGGCCUACUCCUAGGAGGACUUGGUAACUUCUGUGUACCCAUCUUUUUCGAGACAAAGUGUGAAGCGCUCCAAACUCGCGCAAGCCGAAUCGCUCGAGACGAGAGCUGGUGAGACGGAGAUCUGGGAGAGUAGCGACGACACGAGGAGAGAACGGCAGACCCGGAAACAAGCUGGCAGACCAACGUGGAACGGGUGGGGUUUCAAGAAGGUUGGGCGCCGCAUAAAAGUGGAGUGCAGAAAGCCUAUCGGAGAUGCCCACCUCGCGUUAACUUGUGCGUCGAAGUAGUCGUCGCUGUCUUGUUGGACCGAGACGAAGGAACUUUCGCGAUCCCGUCGCCGUUGUAACCGUCUGUGUCGACCAAUCUUCUUCGCCUCGAUUGGUUCUUUCUCUCCCUUC